AGGAAAGAAAGAGUACACCAUUUCCUUUUUAACAAAUUUUAAUCUUAAAAAGAAUGUAAUUCUCAGUCGCAGGGGGCAGAGCCCACUUCAGCGAGACCUCCCUCCCCAAACUGCCGGGAUCCUCUACUUUCACCCUGAGCAAAGCAGGCGCCUUCGCAAAAGGAGUAAAAGCCGUCAGCCGCUUCCGACAGCGUAGGACUAAGACAUGUCCACGGGGAAGGUCUGUUGUCUGGUGCUGCUGACCCUGGGGGUGCUGGCGGUGGUUGUUGUGCUCGUGGUCAUCCUGACGCAGCCCAGGUGCGGUCCUCAGCACUACCUGCAUGGGGCCGUGGCUGCUGACACCGAGACCUGCUCCGUCAUCGCCCGGGACAUCCUGAAAAGCGGAGGCACAGCUGUGGAUGCUGCCAUUGCUGGCUUGAUCUGCACUUCUGUGAUGAACCCUCAGAGUUCGGGCCUGGGUGGUGGGGUCGUAUUUACCAUCUAUAAUGCCAGCACAGGAACAGUGGAGGUGAUCAAUGCCCGUGAGACAGUCCCACGAGUGUUUCCACACAAUUUGCUGUCUGGCUGUUCUGCUCGUUUCCUUAUCGGUUCCCGCUGGAUUGGUGUACCAGGAGAACUUCGUGGGUACGAAGAAGCCCAUAAGCGAUAUGGCCGCUUACCAUGGAAAGCCCUUUUUGAACCAACUAUCAAGCUCCUUUCAGAGCCACUUGUCAUUUCCCCAGUUAUGGACAAAAUGAUCCGUCACCCAGCCUUCUCUGGCCCCGGAAAAAGCCUGUGCCCACUGAUAUGUGACGGUCAAAGGUUUCUGAAGCAUGGAGAGACUUUCAGGUGGCCAGCGCUGCAGCAAACACUGAGAGCUGUAGCAGAAAAUGGAGCUGCAGCAUUUUAUGAGGGACAGAUAGGAAAGGCCCUGGUGGAUGACAUUAAGAAGGCUGGGUCCAGUAUCUCACUGGAAGACCUUCAGGCAUACAAAGCAGAGGUGUCCUCAGCUCUGAACAUUACCCUGAACGAUCACACCACAGUGUUUUCUCCUGGACCACCCAUGGGAGGUGCUGUGCUCAUGUUCAUCCUCAAGAUAUUGGAAGAGUAUAAACUCCAUGAAGCAUCACUGGCAACAUCCGAGGAGAAGGUAGAAACCUACCAUCGCAUUGCAGAGGCCCUGAAGUUUGGCAAUAUGCUAAAACCCCAUAUGAGUGAUCCAGCCUUCUCCGAAGCGCAGGUGGCGGUGGGGACCAUUCUGUCUGAUGAGAUUGCUGAGCUAGUCAGAAGCCGAAUAGAUAACCGUGGUGACCACCCACUCAACCAUUACAACUUGUUCGAGUCCCUCUACAACAGAUACAAAAGCAAGGGCACAAGCCACAUCUCUGUGCUCGCUGCAGAUGGCAGUGCUGUGUCUGCUACCAGCACCAUCAACUACCCGUUUGGCUCCUUUGUGUAUUCUAACCAAACCGGGAUCAUUUUAAAUAAUGAACUUGCUGAUUUCUGCAUAGCAAACAGAAGCAUUAAACCAGGAGAGAAGCCUCCCUCAGCAAUGGUGCCUUCCAUUCUCAUCUCCAAGACAGGAGACAUGCUGGUGAUCGGAGGAGCAGGCGGGGCCUGGAUUAUCAGUGCUACUAGUAUGGCAAUUAUAAACAAGCUGUGGUUUGGCUAUGACUUGGAACAUGCCAUUUCAGCUCCCAUCAUGCAUACUGAAGAUGACAAUAUCCUGUUUGAGGAACAUUUCAGUGAGGAGGUUAGGAGCGGCCUGCUGGGAAGAGGACAUAAAGAAAAGAAAGCUAAUUUUGCAAUGAAUGUUGUGCAGGGUAUUUCCAAGGAAGGAAAAUGCAUCUCUGCUUACUCUGAUAAAAGGAAGCUGGGCAAGUCAGCUGGAUAUUAGCAGAAAGUGCCAUCACAACUCCCAAAAACCACAGGAGAUAACUAGAUUUAGAACAUGCUUUGGCUUGGACAUGCCGAUAUUGCCUGUUCCUAUCAGGAUGCCUCCUAGACUAUGGGCAAAACUUGUGAUUACACCUAAUUCCAGUAGCCUGCAAGUCACCCUCAGGCAAUACAAGGACAGGUCAGCCAGCCUUGUUUAGAGCUACACCCUCCAUUACUUAUGUGAUAUAUGGAAAAAUGUAUUUCUUGAGCACAUCAGCUAUUCACAAUACGAGAAUAUGAAGUGGGAAAGGAAAAUUGGUCCAAAACCCACUGUGGACACUGUGAAAUGACCCAGCUGUGUCUUUCAUUCCUGCUGGAGAGUCUCAAGAGUAGAAGUGGUUUCUUUCAGGCUGUUGCCACAAGAAGCUUAUUAUUACUGGGACUCAGGGAUGUGAAUCAGUAACUAUUUUGAUUAUGAGGAUCACAAGAAGUGUUUGUAGGGUCAGGAUUUUAAAAUCUUGAGCAUCCAGGCUUAGAGGGUGGGUUUGGAAGGGGAAGAGAGCAAAACUCCACACUCCUCCUCUUGGUUUUCCCAUUCAGAGAAAUGGAUACUUUUCCCAAACGCUACAGAUGAAAUCAACACACCAUAGCACAAGCUGCUGCCCCACUACUCUCUGCCUUGGGGAUGCAAUGGACCCCAAAAGCUCAGAGUAACUGUGCCAAAGCUUCCUUCAACCCUUCACACUGAUGACUGAGAAUAAGCCUCCCAUGGGGUGACGUGAAUUCCCUGCUCCUGGGAUGGGCAGGCUUCAGCUCAGUUCCCCGGAGGCACCUCUCCUGAUGGCAAGAGGAGUCCCAGUUUGUGCCACUUCUCCCUCUUCCAUGCUGGCAGAAGAUAAAUUGUUUGGGAAGGCAGGUGAGGAUCGCAGUGGAAGAGCUGUUGGUUUUGGAAGCUUUAUAACUUUCUUCAAAAUAUAUAUUCUUCUACAAAAGGAUACGUGAUCAGAAGACUUCGUUUGUAGCCACGAGCUCAGCCUGGCCAGGCAAACACCAGAACUGCUGAGAAAUGAUGCAGUGCUAUCAGACAUUAACAGAACACUUUUCUCCCAUAACCCAAGGACAUGUUCCAAUUCCCUGUUUACCACAACUCAUCUCUAGUGUUUCCCUAAGAUCACAAGGAAGAAAUUCUAGGACUACUUAGGAACUAUCACAGAGAGAGAAAACUUCUGGAGGAGAGACCUGAACUCAUGCACCUGGACACAGAAUGUCUUUUGCAGUUGUUCCAUAACCUGCCCUGCUCAAACUGGCCAAGAGUAUCAAUUUAAGAAAAAACAAACAAAACAAAACAAGCCAAAGCUCUGCUCAGAUACUCAGGGGCAAGUUCCCACAACCCUCAACAACUCAAUUUUCUGAAGGCUUAUGAGCUGUACUUUCCUACAGGCACAGACAGUAUUGUGUGUUUCUGAAUGUAAGGCCAAACCAGAGCAAGGCACCAACAGAGCCCUCCCCUACCAUGUUAGUUCUUGCCUCACACACAGCUCAUGAUAUUCCUAGUACACAAAUAAAACCCUUCUGUAAACACCAUAACAAGUAUUUGUGCACAUGCUAUUAAAACAACAAAC